CACAAGAAAUACGUUUAAAAUUGUAAUAUUAUUCCAAAUACAUAUUUAAUAUUACGGCUGAACCAUGUGCUUCAUAAUGGUUGGUUGCAAAUACAUAGCAGACAUCUAUCCGAUGCAAUUCGUGAUGACCGCACAUCCCUGCGCUGUGGGCUUGGUUCUAGUUGGUACCGCCUUCUUUUUAUGGGUGGAAAUGUUUUUUGUGGUUCCCAUGAUUUUUGACACCGAAGGAGUGAUGUACAAACUGGCUUGGCUGGUGGCCAUUUUCGUGGUCUACAAUCUUUUGGGAAAUAUGUUGGCCUGUCAUCGCACGGACUCCUCGGUGAAAACUCUGCCCGAGGAUCGGAAGAUUCCCUCCGAGGAAGAGAAACCCCUUUGGAAUUACUGUGACUACUGUCAGAUGCUGGUGCCGCCUAGAGCAUGGCACUGCAAAUUGUGCAAUGUCUGCAUUUUGAGGCGGGAUCAUCACUGCAUCUUCACAGCCAGUUGCAUUGGGCACAAUAACUACAGGUACUUCUUCUGGUUCACUUCAUACAUGAUGAUUGGUACAUUUUUGGCCUUGGCAACGCAUUUUCUCUUAUUUAUAGUCAAUGAAAAAGUCCGGAAAUAUUAUUUAAUAUUUCACAUUAGCCGUUUUUUCAAACAAGUCAACCUUCAAGAACUUAAUCCUAUGUUCAUUUGGAUGAAUCUAAUUUUCGUGCUUAACGUAUAUGCCUUCACUUUUCCCCUCGUAAUGAUUGCUUAUCAAAUACCGACUUUAUAUCUGAAUACCACUUUCUAUACGCAAACGGAUUUGAGAUACAAUCAAGGCUUACGAGAGAACUUUAAGCUUAUUAUGGGAAGUCGAGGACUUUGGACCUUUUUAUCGCCCACCAUCAAGAGUCCAUUGAUUCAUGAUGGAACGCAAUGGAAAACUAAGAAGUCUGACGUCACCAUUUGUUAACGUUCUACAUUAUACCAAAAAAUUAACUGUAUAGAUAAAAACUAAAAAAAAAAUAGCUCAA